UCGGCGGUAGUGUUUGAGAUAGCGGGUAGCGUUUUGACCGAGUCAAGACGCUACUUGUAAAAUUUGCAAUGUUUGGCGAGGUAGCGGUUGAGUAGCUUUUAUCAAACGUUAAAAUUAGUAGCGUUUAAGGUAGCGGGUAGCGUUUGACAAAUUUAUAUUAAAGUUUUAAAUAAUAUUUCAGCUUUUAUUUUAUUUUAUUUUAUAAUAUCAACCGUUACUUUUACCGAACACUCAUAUUCGUUACACGCUACUUAGAUGAUAAUGAUGUUUUCGAACAAUUUGGCGAAGUUUCAAUUUCCAGUGGCGGCUCUGGUGCCUCUGCUACGGUUGAUUAUUUAGCGCUAAGAUACGCCGUGUUUGCUGCAGUUAGGAUUGACCUCCUUGAUAGCAAUGCAGAUGAAGUGUACGACAAACCGGAUGAAGAUGAAGAUGAAGAUGAAGUAUUGGAGGUAUAUGGCAAAGUCACUGCUAAUUUUAGUCUGUAUAGUACUGAAGAAGUUCAUCGGGUUAGUCUUUUCGACUGCUCUGAUGAAUCAAAUAUGAUGGAAUUGGUCGUGUUGGGUACUGAUCUCUCUUUGAUAAGAUCAUUGCUGGUUGUGCCACCGUAUUCCCCUCUUGUGAUUGAAGUAGACUUAACGGAUGCUGCCAAUGAUGACGCCUUAAUCGUUAAUGACUCUGUCUCGUUCGAACCCAAUAACCUUGGUUGCAAUCAGAAAUUUAUUAAGGGAUCAAAUGGUGUUGAUGUCAGAGUUUCUGUCAGGUGGAUGGAACCAUCUAAGCUAAUAUUCUAUCCCAGCGAUAAGCUUGUCCGCGUAACAAAUCCGUUGGUAUUUGCCAAAUUCACUCUGGCGUUAUAUUUCACACCCAAUGGUAGAGGUAUUUUCUGUUUUCAUUGGUAGGAGAAAACCCGAGGACUUGAAUUUAUAUGGAAUGAUAAAUUUCAUAGGCUGUGGAGAAUUCACAAAUCUGUUCCAUAGAGAGAAAGAAAACCCCUAUCACUUGCCCAUUGGCACAAAUUUUAUACAAUUGGAAGGUCCGAAUCCCAAUAGGGGUCUUAAGAUUGGAUAUGAUCGGUUUUUUUUGUAUAUAGACCUACAAGAUGUCGAGGGACACUUAAUCAUCAAGGGUUGUAUAGAUUCAUGUUAUGAGUUUGUGGAACGAUAUAAACAUUGGUUCGAUAGGCACCACUGUUCAGUGGUUCAAAGUGCUAAUAUGGAUAUCUUUGCUGCAUUGCACUACAAUAUUAUCUCAAAUCCAGUAACUGCUAAGUUGAAGGUUCAUUUCUUUUUCAAAGAAGCUGCAACAUCUAAUUCUUCUCAAGAUGUUUGUAGAAUUUCUGGGAGUAUGGUUGCUUUCCAUAGUAAGUAUGAUUAUACAACAGAGUAUGAGAAAAGAUACUAUCGUAGUGUGCUGUUUGAGUGUCCUGAAUCAUGUCCUUUGAUAAGACAAGAAGGUGUGGAUUUUGAAAUGGAGCUUUCGAGAGUGCUGGUUACUGUUCCAACUGAUUGCUCUUUGCUAAUUGCUGUUGAUUUGAGUUGUGGCAUUGGAUUAACUACUGAAAGAUUGGAGGAGACUGUUGAAUUUCAGAUCUGCGACUCUAGCAAGGAAAUCAGAGUUGAGGGUUUUACAUUGAUGUAGAAUGGGAUGAUAAAUGAGCUUGGUUAUGUUUUUGUCUUUUAAUGAUGCUUAGAGCAAGAUCAAGGGGGUCUUAUCUUAAGAUGUUCUUCAUUUGCCAUGUCAUCAUUUCAUUAAUAUUAAAUAAUUAAAUUAUUGUUAAGACU